CAUACCUGUUUGAGUUUCACAGUGCGCAACAGACUACGCAGAACUAUUUAUAGAAUGUCAAUUCACCGGCACCUGUAACCGGAAGUCACACCUGAGGUUAGUGUAGACCUUUGAGACGACAAAUCUGCCGUCCCUAGGAAAGAUUGUGGUGUACAGCCAUGGAUGGUGGAAAGAAGGUCUGGGUGCCCCACGCCACGGAGGGGUUUAAACUCGGACGGAUCGUGGACAUCGGGAGUGACAGUAUCGCUAUAGAACCAUUUGAUGCUCCCGGAACUACAAUCAAUGCUAUCUACGACCGUACAUUUCCUGCAGAGGAAUACGACAAUAAAGAUGUGGAAGAUAAUUGUGCGCUGAUGUACCUGAAUGAAGCCACUUUGUUGAACAACUUAAGGAUCCGAUACAUGAAGAACCAGAUCUAUACGUACACAGCCAACAUCCUGAUCGCCAUUAACCCGUAUUAUGAAAUCCCAGAGCUGUAUUCCUCCGCCACAAUUAAGAAAUACAAAGGGAAGUCACUGGGGACCCUGCCUCCUCACGUGUAUGCUAUAGCUGACAAGGCAUUCCGUGACAUGAAAGUCAACAAGAUGAGCCAAUCUAUCAUCGUGUCUGGAGAGUCCGGGGCCGGAAAGACAGAAUCCACCAAGUAUAUUCUGAAGUACCUCACAGAAUCCUGGGGAGCCCACAUCAACCAGCUAGAGCAGAGGAUCCUAGAGUCCAAUCCGUUACUGGAGGCCUUCGGAAAUGCUAAAACCGUCCGAAACAACAACAGUAGUCGGUUCGGAAAAUUCAUUGAAAUUCAUUUUGACAACAAGGCCAUGAAGCAACAAAAUUUGGUGGCAGGAGGAUUUAUCUCCCAUUAUUUGCUGGAGAAGUCUCGAGUCAUCGUUCAGAGUCGAGAGGAACGCAACUACCAUAUUUUCUACAGACUGUGUGCCGGGGCCCCAGAGGAUCUACGCAAACAGCUCAAGCUGGCAUCACCAGACCAAUUCCAUUACUUAAACAGAGGCUGCACGCAGUAUUUCUGUACUCGUGAAAACGACAAGAAACUGGGACAGGACAGAAAAAGCCAAAUGUACCUUAAGCAAGGCAGUCUCCACGACCCAGUUCUUGAUGAUGUUCGAGAUUUCCAGGUCUGUGAUGGCGCUAUGACACACCUGGGAAUUUCUAACGAGGACAAGCACUCGAUCUACACACUGGUGGCCUCAGUUCUACAUCUCGGUAACAUCGUGUUUGAGGAAAAUAUGGAGGACACAAAAGGUGGUUGUAAGGUAACAUCAUCAGCUGAGGCGUCUCUUGCUACUUCCUCCACACUGCUGGGUCUGGACAAAGAGGAACUAAGAGAAAGUCUCGUUACAAGGAUUAUGCAGACAGCGAGGGGUGGAUCUAAAGGCACGGCUAUUAAAGUUCCUCUGAAGUCGGGGGAGGCGUCUAGUGCUCGAGAUGCCCUCGCUAAAUCCAUCUACAGUCGACUGUUUGACUACAUUGUGGCAAGUGUCAACAAAGCUAUUCCCUUUUCCUCCACUGUGAGCUUCAUAGGCCUGCUGGACAUUGCUGGAUUUGAAUAUUUUCAAGUCAACAGUUUUGAGCAGUUUUGUAUCAACUAUUGCAAUGAAAAACUACAGCAAUUCUUCAAUGAAAGGAUUCUUAAAGAGGAACAAAUUUUGUAUGAGAAGGAAGGAUUAAAUGUAAAGAAAAUCACCUGGACUGACAAUCAGGAUUGUAUAGAGUUGAUUGAGAUGAAGUCCAGUGGUAUCUUUGACUUGUUGGACGAAGAAAGUAAACUGCCCACACCCAAAUCUGAACAUUUCACAAUGGAGGUUCACAACCGCAACAAGGCACACUUCAGACUUAGUUUGCCGAGAAAGUCCAAGUUAAAGAUGCACCGUGACGUGCGCGAUGACGAGGGAUUCCUUAUUCGCCAUUUUGCUGGAGCCGUCUGUUAUCACACUAAACUGUUCAUCGAGAAAAAUAAUGAUGCCCUCCAUGCAUCAUUGGAGUUCCUGAUACAAACAAGUUCGAAUAAGAUGCUGAAGACCAUGUUCGAGGGUAUCCAGGUCUCCUCGGGAAAGCUGAACUUCAUCAGUGUGGGCAGCAAGUUCAGGUCCCAGCUACAGACACUGAUGGCAAAACUCAAGAGUACGGGAACAAAUUUCAUUAGAUGUAUAAAACCCAACGUGAAAAUGGUGGACCAUCUUUUUGAAGGGGGUCAAAUUUUGAGCCAGCUGGAGUGCUCAGGCAUGGGCUCUGUGUUGGAACUAAUGCAGCAGGGCUUCCCGUCCCGAACCCAGUUUUCUGAUCUCUACAACAUGUACAAGAAGUACAUGCCUGCUGAUAUAGCUCGUCUGGACGCACGGCUCUUCUGUAAAGCUUUGUUCAAAGCUUUAGGAUUGAAUGAAAAUGAAUUUAAAUUUGGUCUGACAAAAGUAUUUUUCCGUCCUGGAAAAUUUGCCGAGUUUGACCAGAUUAUGAAGAGCGACCCAGAAAAUCUUGCUAUGUUGGUCAAGAAGGUGAAACGGUGGCUUCUGUGUUCUCGCUGGAAGAAAGCACAGUGGGGCGCUCUCUCUGUAAUAAAACUGAAGAACAAGAUUCUGUGGAGGAGAUCUCAGAUCAUCACCUUACAGAAAUCUGUCAGGAUGUGGAGAGAUGUCCGACGCUUCCGCCCCAAGUACGAGAUGAUCGUCCAGGUGAGGCAGUCCCAGGGUCAGCUGUCCCGUAUGGAGGAGAUCAUCAGCCAACUGAAGAAGGACAAAGAGAGGGCCACAAAACAGGCCAAAGACAUUGAGAAAGCCUUCCAAGACUUUGUUCACAAAAUUAGGACUGUGAACAUGUCAGCGGAGGAAAUGCAGCGGACCAUGAAUCACCUGCUCAGCCAGAUAGAUCAGACUUUCCAAGAUCUGAGGAAGAAACUGGAGGAGGAGAAGAUCAAAGAAGAACAGGAUAGGCUCAGGAAGAUACAGGAAGAAAUGGAGAGAGAGAGGAAACGAAAGGAAGAGGAAGAAAGAAGGAAGAAACAGGAAGAAGAAGAGAGGAAGCUGAAAGCUGAAAUGGAGGCAAAACGUAAGAAGGAAGAGGACGAAAGAAAGAAGAGAGAAGAGGAGGAAAAGAAACAAAAGGCAAUUAUGUCCGCACAGCUUGAGAAGGAGAGGGAGGACAACAGAAGAAGACAGGAGAUUCUGGAACAAGAGCGCCGUGACCGUGAGCUGGCUCUUCGUCUGGCCUCGGAAAAUCAAAGUGAAGUGGAAGAUGUUGUGGUACCUCCAUUACAAAGCGCUGGUGAUGGUAAAAAAUCUGAGGAGGUUCGGGCCACCAGGGCAGCUGCUCUGCAGAAGAAGUACGACUUGUCUAAGUGGAAGUACGCGGAGCUUAGAGACGCCAUCAACACGUCAUGUGACAUCGAGUUGUUGGACGCCUGCCGAGAGGAGUUUCACCGGCGUCUAAAGGUGUACCACAGCUGGAAACAAAAAAACAAGAAGAAGACUGAUGAUAAAGGAGAACAAAGAGCGCCGGAGAGCGUCACUGUUAACGCUUCAGAAGCACAGGUGGCACCAAAACAAGCGGCACCAAGUGCUGAUAACAUGCAGCGAUUUUUCCGGAUUCCAUUUGCACGGCCCUCGGACGAGUUCCGUGACGACCCCACCCACAAGAAGCAUGGUCAGUGGUAUGCCCACUUCGAUGGACAGUAUAUUGCCCGUCAGAUGGAGCUGUAUCCGGACAAAGAGCCACUUCUUCUGCUUGCUGGUAUUCAUGACCUACAGAUGUGCGAGCUGAGCUUAGACGAGACCGGUCUCACUCGUAAGAAGGGGGCAGAAAUCCUAGGGAAAGAUUUCGAGGUUGAGUGGAAUAAACACAGCGGCCGAGAUAUCCUGAAGAACAACGCUAACAAGGUCUCGUCUGCGUUUCUUCAAAAACGUCUGGGAGUUGUAAGAAAGUGACCCCACAUUGUAAUUAACUCUCUAGGUUUAUAAAAUUCUGAAUGGGGACCAGUAGUUUUAGCUAGAGUAAAUACACAAUAGAUGUUUAUUUAUUGAAGGGAAGCUAAUCUACACAAGAGGGAUUUCAAGUUUUUCUUUAUAAGAUUAUUUUUAUACCAGAGUAUUUAUCUGUUGUUUAGACCAAUGAUAUACAGGGUUUAUCUCCCUUCGUCCUUAUUUAAGAAGAAGUGUUACUUCGUAGUUCUGGUUCAUUGUAUGUGUGCUUGUCUGUGAAAUCAUUGUGUGCAUUUAUUAAAAUCGUGGAAAUGAUGUAUACUUAGAUGUAAGCUUUAUGUCAACCCGCAUGCUUGUUAACUCUGACACAGGAGAGGGCACAUGAUGUGUCGUGUGGUUUUAAUGUCCAAAAUUCUACAAAUACAUUUAUAUGGCUGACUUUAAUUAUGGUUUAAGGUAGUAUCUUGUCGGGUUUAUAGUACAGACAUUUAUUUGAGAAAAUGGUUCCGUGUUGUCAGAUGAGAUGUCAGUGUUUGCAUAUUACAAAUCUAAUUGUGACAGCCUUCAUGUUCAUAACCAAAUGUAAAUUGACUUUGAUUGAUAAACAUGUGAUUUCAGAAGGAAAGAUGUUAUUGUUGAUUUAGAAUUGAAUAUUGAAUGAUAUACCAAUGUGCAUGGAGGAAUUGUCUGUUGAAACAAAUGCAUCUCAUGGUAUCAAAAUGUCCAGAUCUCCUGAGUAUUAUAUAUUUAGUAUUUUAAAGUUCUAUUUUUUAAAAAGUGGGGGAGGGUAUUGAUAAUGAUGAAUACAUGUAUUGAGGUGUAUGUUUUGUGCUGCACUGUAUAUGAAUUUAUUUGUGAAUGUUUCAAUGUCGGAGUAGUAGAAAAACAACUUUUUGAAAAUUGGAAUCUUGAUGCAUAGAUGAAAUGUAUUGACAGAAAUUGAAAUUGAUUAAGAAACCAUAUAUAAAUAUGAAUUACUGGGAUUAAGAAACUAUAUACUGGGUGUCUGAUGGUAUCAUCCCUGUAGUAAUUUAUUGUAGAGCCUACAGCUGGACUGGGACUGACAUGUGUUAGGUGGAAUAGGUUUUACUUUUAAAAGAUAUCCGUCAUUUUCAUCUACAUUCUUAGCUGAGGAAAUCCAGUGCACAUUUCGAGGGUAUUGCUUCACCAUAGAGUUAUUGAUUUUACAUGUAAUUCACUAUUUAACAUAUACCUAAAUGCAGAAUAUAUGUAUUAAUGUGUUAGAAAAUGUCAUACUGAAACAUGUAGAUCCAUCAGAAAUAGUUUUAUAUACAAUGUACAUUAUGAAGGAAAGCAAGAUCAGCAGUGCCUACAGGGUUUUUUUGUUUUUUUUUUUGGUAAAUGAAUUAGAAAAUGUCUCGCAGUCUGAUUAUAUAGAACAGAAAUUUAUUUUUCCUUCGGAUUAUGGUGAAAGGUAGAAAACAAGCACUCCCCUAGAGAGUGCAUACAAUCACUGAUUCAGAUCACCCUGGCUAACGCUAAAUGCUGUAGUUGUGUGUGGAGAUCAGACUUGUCACCAAUCAGAUUUAUCACCAAUCUGGCUAACACCAAAUGCUGUAGUUGUGUGUGGAGAUCAGACUUAUCAUCACUCUGGCUAAUGUCAAAUGCUGUAGUUGAGUGUGGAUAAGAUGCACUGUGUAGAGGUGCUAUUCAUGAAUUGGUCGGGAUUUAUGUGUUGUCUAUGUUUGGCAAAUAAAUGUGUGCAACCAUGAAA